AUGGCAGCUGCGCAAAAAGACCGGCAGUUCAAGGUCCUCAAAUUCGUGGGAAAAGGCAGCUAUGGCUCCGUCUUCCUGGUUCAACGUUUGGCUGACGGACAGACAUACGCACUGAAGGAGAUGGACGUGCGAUCCAUGAGUCAGGCGGAGCGGGAGGACUCGAUCAACGAGAUCCGCCUGCUUGCCUCCGUGUCGCACCCUAACGUCAUCUCCUACAAUGAGGCGUUUCUGGACGGCAACCGGCUGUGCAUCAUCAUGGAGUACGCGGCGGAUGGCGACCUGGCCAAGGUCAUCAAAAAGCAGCAGCAGAUGCGGCGGCCCCUGCCGGAGGACGUCAUUUGGCGCUACUUCAUCCAGGUGGUGAUGGGGCUGCAGGCGCUGCACAAGAUGAAGAUCCUGCACCGGGACAUCAAGCCCGGGAACAUCAUGGUGUUUGAAAACGGAGUCGUCAAGAUCGGGGACCUGGGCAUUGCGAAGCUGCUCACGAAGACGGCAGCGGCCAAGACCCAGAUCGGCACGCCGCACUACAUGGGGCCCGAAAUCUGGAAAAGCCGGCCGUACUCGUACACCUCGGACACGUGGGCAGUUGGCUGCCUGCUGUACGAGCUGGCCGCGCUGACGGUGCCCUUCGAGGCCCGUUCCAUGAGCGAGCUGCGCUACAAGGUGCUCCGCGGCGCCUACCCGCCCGUGCCCGGCAGCUACUCCCGGGACCUGCAGCAGCUGGUGCGGGAGUGUCUCGACCCCAACCCCGACAAGCGGCCCUCCAUGGACGACAUCCUGGCCCUCCCCUCGGUGGUCUCGCGCACCCGGCAGCUGGUGCCCCAGGAGAGCCGCAACCCCCCCACCACGGCGGGGAGUGCGCUGGUGGAAACCAUCAAGGUGGGGCGGGGUGGGGGAGGGGCGGGGCAGGGGAGGGGUGGGGGAGGGGACAACCAACGCAAACGCAGACCAGGUGGGGUGCGGGCCCCAAUGAUGUAA